AUGGCAAAUAGUUUUUCACUUAGAAGCAUACUUGAUGCAGACAAGUUAACAAGCUCAAAUUUCAUUAACUGGCUUUGUAAUAUGAAGAUUGUCUUGAAACAAGAGAAAAAGGCUUAUGUCCUAGAUGGUCCUUUUCCCGAGGAACCCAACAAUAAUGCUACAAAUGAGGAAAAUGAGGCCUAUAGAGCUUAUAUGGAUGAUCUCGAUCAAGCCACAUAUGUGAUGUUAGCUAGUAUGGCUCCAGAUCUUCAAAAGCAACAUGAAGCUAUGAAUGCCCUGGAUAUUAUCCUAAACCUUAGAGAAAUGUUUGAUAAAGAAAGUUGCACAGAGAGAUUCGACAUUUCAAGGGAAUUGUUUCGAUGUAAGAUGUUUGAGGGAAGCCCAGUAAGGCCUCAUGUGCUUAUGAUGAUAGGAUAUAUCACUCGAGUUGAGCAGUUGGGUUAG